UGUCAGCGGCGGCCGCAGGCGGACCUGGCGGAGCUGCGGGGCCGGAGGCGGGCGAGGGGUUGCCCCGGGAACGCGGGGUCGGCGGGGCCAGCGGGCGACUGGUGCGAGCCAGGUGGCCUGGACUUGUGGAUUCGUGUGAGCCAAGAGCAGGCUGGGGCCCCAGGCCCUGUGGACCCCGUGGGGUCGUGUGCUGCCGACUCCACCCCACCCUUCCUGCGCAGGCUGCUCGACCCCACCAUGGACCAAGACUACGAGCGGCGCCUGCUACGGCAGAUUGUUAUCCAGAAUGAGAACACGAUGCCAGGUGUUGCAGAGAUGCGGCGCACCCUGACACCUGCCAACUCCCCGGUGUCCUCGCCCAGCAAGCACGGAGACCGCUUCAUCCCUUCACGGGCUGGGGCCAACUGGAGUGUGAACUUCCACAGGAUCAAUGAAAAUGAGAAGUCACCAAGUCAGAACCGCAAGGCCAAGGAUGCCACCUCAGACAACGGCAAAGACGGCCUGGCCUACUCGGCCCUGCUGAAGAAUGAGCUGCUGGGGGCAGGCAUCGAGAAGGUGCAGGACCCGCAGACGGAGGACCGCCGGCUGCAGCCCUCCACACCGGAAAAGAAGAGCCUCUUCACGUAUUCCCUCAGUACCAAGCGCUCAAGCCCAGAUGACGGCAACGAGGUGUCCCCAUACUCCUUGUCCCCUGUCAGCAAUAAGAGUCAGAAGUUGCUGAGGUCACCACGGAAACCCACUCGCAAAAUCUCCAAAAUCCCCUUCAAGGUCCUGGACGCCCCCGAGCUCCAGGACGACUUCUACCUGAAUCUGGUGGACUGGUCUUCCCUCAACGUGCUCAGCGUGGGGCUGGGGACCUGUGUGUACCUGUGGAGCGCCUGCACCAGCCAGGUGACACGGCUCUGUGACCUGUCCGUUGAAGGGGACUCGGUGACCUCCGUGGGCUGGUCUGAGAGGGGGAACCUGGUGGCAGUCGGCACCCACAAGGGCUUCGUGCAGAUCUGGGACGCGGCCGCAGGAAAGAAGCUGUCCAUGCUGGAGGGCCACACGGCACGCGUUGGUGCGCUGGCUUGGAACGCUGACCAGCUGUCCUCCGGGAGCCGCGACCGCAUGAUCCUGCAGAGAGACAUCCGCACGCCCCCUCUGCAGUCGGAGCGGCGGCUUCAGGGCCACAGGCAGGAGGUGUGCGGCCUCAAGUGGUCCACAGACCACCAGCUGCUGGCCUCGGGGGGCAACGACAACAAGCUGCUGGUCUGGAACCACUCGAGCCUGAGCCCCGUGCAGCAGUACACGGAGCACCUGGCAGCUGUCAAGGCCAUCGCUUGGUCCCCACACCAGCACGGCCUGCUGGCGUCGGGUGGUGGCACAGCCGACCGCUGUAUCCGCUUCUGGAACACCCUGACAGGGCAGCCACUGCAGUGCAUCGAUACCGGCUCCCAGGUGUGCAACCUGGCCUGGUCCAAGCAUGCCAACGAGCUGGUAAGCACCCACGGAUACUCGCAGAACCAGAUCCUGGUCUGGAAGUACCCAUCCUUGACCCAGGUGGCCAAGCUGACAGGGCAUUCCUACCGUGUGCUCUACCUGGCCAUGUCCCCUGAUGGGGAGGCCAUCGUCACCGGGGCUGGAGACGAAACCCUGAGAUUCUGGAAUGUCUUUAGCAAAACCCGCUCGACAAAGGAAUCCGUGUCUGUCCUCAACCUCUUCACCAGGAUACGGUAAACCAGGCUCCACGCCAGGACCCCGUCACCACGGCCAGGAACUGAGGACGACAGCCAGCUCCCCGUGCACGGCCCCUCCCCGCACGCAUCCCCCAGGCAGCAGUGGGGGGCGGGGAGCUGGGCUUGGAGAACCCCGAAGAUUCUGAUUAAAUGCCUGAUUGUGAACCGUGUCAGCCGGUGUCUGGGGCAGGGACGCGGCUGGGGACCUGGCGCCCUUCCCGGAGGGCAGCAGCUAACCAGGUGGAUUCAUGGCUUUGGCCUGGACCGGCUCCCUUGGACGCACACAUCCCGCCGCCCACUGUGGAGAGGACCCUCUGGAACCGAAGUCCCACCUGUGUCGCCUUGUCGGGGCGUGUGUUCUUCUGUUUGUGCUUAUUGCCACACGCACUCGUCAGGGACAGACAGCCCAGCUGGAAUGUGGCCGUGGCAGCCCCGACAGGUGCCAAAGCCCCUCCUCCAUCAGUGCAUGCCCUUAACUCCCACACAGACCCGACGGCUUCGAGGGGGCCUGGGGGCUGGUGGCUCAAGGGCAGCGUCUUGCCAUUGGACUCAAGGUUUCUUUCCAGCCACCUUUGCCCUCAGGGUCCCCACACUGAUCUCCGGCCAUCCUCAGCGGUGACUCUUCAAGGGGAAGUAUUUUUCUUACGGCUGUGGCCUGAGCAGGGCUGGCGCCCUUGGCUAUCACAUCAGGAGCAGGCCCCGGUGGGCUCCACAAGGCCAGGCCCACCACGUGGCAGCAGGGCCCGAAGAGACCAUCGGAGACGGACUUGUUGUCAGAGGAUCGUGCUUCUGACGGCGAGCAAGGGCAAAGGCCUAGUGAGACACGCUCCAGUGACAGGGGGGCCCUGGCCAUGGCUCCCACGGCCCUGGGCCCUGUGGGUGCCUCACUGCACCUCCCGGUGUCAUCCUGUCCUCCUGUGCCAACCCACCACAGAGAGACGAAGAGAGGGACAACCGGGCCUUACUGCCACCAGGCACCUGCAGGACUCCAGGAGCUUCCUGGACGUCCCCUGAGGCAGGUUCCCCUGCCCCAUCCCCACCACGUCCCCUCCUCGGAGGUCAGGUCCUCGGCCACAUCCCCUCACCUGUGCACCAGGAGGAACCCGGCAGGAAGAGGCGGGCAUCUGCGUGGCCAGAUCCUCGGGGACGGGGCAUUUGUGGGGAGGUGGACAGACACAGAUCUGCGGCUGUGGGCGCACACGGACCCCCCGAGGCGCUGGGCUUUGUUCCACGGAGCACGCAUGUGUACGUAUCUGUGACUUUCCUUUGAUUUGUUUUGUGUUUCUCUGGAGCGGCUCUGGGAAUGGUUAAGGCCAAGGGCGUGGGGCAAGUGGCCUGCUGAGCCAACCCCCAGCCCACAUGUUCCCGUGAGAGUGGGGCCCAGCCUGCUGGGGGACCUGUGUAUAUAGACAUAUGUGCUUUGAUUGGUCAAGAUUCUUUCUGUUGGUUGGAUUUUUUUUUUUAAUAAGAAAACAAACCUGCCUCUGCUGCACCCCACCACAGCCCCCGAAUGCCAUUGCCAAAGAGCCCCCAGUUGUCUGGGUGCACGGGGUGAGUGUACACACGUGGGUGAGCACCAGCGUGGGACUCGGGUCCAGGAUGCUUGGCACUGGGGCCUCCAGGAAUUCAGACCCAAGAAGGGGGUGUGGAAGCUUGUACCUCCACCCUAAGUCUGGGUGGUCCGGUGGGGCGAAGGCGGCGUGACAGCGGGGCGUCCCUACCUGAGCGGGUGCAAGCCUGUCUCAUGUGAUGCAGCGUCCUUCUCAUUAAACAAGUUGCCGAUUCGCAGCCAGUGCUGC